CUCAAUCAACCCUGCACCCUCGUUCUCCUCCUUCUUAUCCUCAUCCUCUUCCUCAUCAUCCUCCUAUUUCCGGCAUCCUGUUGUGUAACCAUGCACGCGCCAAUUACAGAACUCGUCGACUUCGACAGGAAAUUCGCGUCUGACAAUCCUCAUUUCAUUUCACACACCCACCCCCCUCCUCCUCCAGCUGACAAGCCGGAUAAGGAAGGCUCCUGCCUUUCUCCGGGAUCAAACACGACUGGCCUCGACGUCGGGAACCACUCACAUGGACCGACUCUCCCACGCUCAUGCUUGCAAACCACCAGGCAAGUUGCGGCCAUCGUCGGUAAAGGUAUCGUCGAGACUCACUACUGCACUCUUGACGGCGCCAAAGGAUGCCAUCAACGAAGAUGCCCGUUCCACCGAGCGAUGAACCAAGUAAGGUCGGAAUUGCUCAUCCCUGCGCUUCUUGCCGAAGACCUACUACGGUUUCAGCUGCUUUUCAACCGAGCACAUGCGGCUCAUGGCGGUCGAUGGCUAGAUAUACCACCAUCAUCUCAUGCAAUCUCUGGGGAGCUAUUUCCGAUGUGAUAGUCAACAACCCCGAUGGACUCACAUGGCAUCAUCAGCACCAUAUGACCCUAUCGCGAGGUUUGGCAGUGACUGGAGGAGGGCCAGUGACGGAAGUGAAGUACGCGUCGUCGUCUCCCAAGGUCGUUAUUGUUUCGAAACAAAAGGUACUAGAAGGAUCAUACCGAUCCCAAACACAAUAGACCCUCCCAGUCAAAGCCGUGCAAUACCCAGGACAGCACGACGGCAAUCGGAGCAGAAACCGGAGCCACCUGACAGAGACCAAGGUCAUGGCAGCUACAAUAAGCAAGCAAUCUACACGCAGCGGUCAUCGACUCCAGAGCAAACAUCCUCACAGUAUGAUCGCCAGGUGACAUAUUCGUAUUCUCCCCAGGAUGAGCACUAUGAGAUAGCAGCCCCUCGGGGGCCUCCGAGGGCUAGCCGACAAUACCACGAUGACCGUCGCAGGGAUGAUCGUCAAGGCUCCAAUCCAUCCGGCAACCAGACUCAGAUCGUGACUGACAGGUCAAGAAAUAUGUCCUACGAUGAGCACCGAGGUACAAAUCGAACAGCACUGCCAACCCAGUCCGCGAACACUAGAGCACGAAGUGGUUUCAAUGUUGAAGACCUUGAGUUGGAUAGGACUGUCAGCGACUUCGUUGAAAUCCCUUUAGCAAGGUUCCCAGAAUGUCACGACUAUAUCAAACGCCACAAGGCCGUCUUCGACACAAGUCUUAAAGAUCUUCUCGACGCCGCGUCUAAGGCAGCAAAGAUCGGAGAGAUUAUUUUGGCUAAGCAGUGCAUUCAGCGAUUGGUUCUCCUCAAAACGUGCCGAGACUUCAAUUCAGAUGGCCGAGCUCAAUACUUUCAAGAGCUUGCAACUCCACACUCAGAAGAUUCACAGGCUUUCUAUGCCGAGUGCGAUCGGUAUGAAGAACGGAUACGUCCUCGUUCGGAGAAGAGCUCAAAUGCUUUUGGGGAUGCGACAGGAACUUCACGAGAUCAAGGGAUCCAGCAUUCACCUGCAUACCCUUCCACUAUGCCGACUGGGUCAGCGGGCUAUCGAGUGACCAACACGCAGGGUCAGCCGGCGGUAGGCAAUUCUUAUCCGACUAAUUCAGUUCCAAGCAGUGGGCCAGGCAUGACCCAGACUAGAAGGCCUUCAGUCGCUUUUCCAUCAAAUCCACGGUCUACUGCUUUCAAACCGCUCCCCUAUGCACACGAAUCUCAAGACCGUGAUCCACAAACCGACAGGGCGCCCCUCGGGAGAUCUAGGGAUUCUUACUAUGAUCCCGAAAUCAGGCGGAGAUUCCCUACGGCAAAUCAGGGACUUAAUGCUGACUUCCGACCUGAUAACACUGUCGAGCUUGAUCGGCGGUACCGCAAGCAAAAUGCCAACGUGUUCUUCGUUCCCGGCCGGGUGUUCUCCAUCGUCCUUCACCACAGUCUUGGGCUACAACAAGGCAAAUCAAAGUCAAAUAAGACCAAACCGGACGUGAUUGAUGGAUACAAAGGAGAAAAGAUCGUCGGUGGUACAAGACGUAUGAUUGUAUGGCGGCAGCGGCAGGGAUACUCCUUAUGCGUGCCCAUCAGCUCCUACGGCAACAAUGGGGUUGGCGAAAAGAAAGUGGGUGAAAUUGAGAAGCAAGCUCAUGCUAUCGUGUAUCCGAAUGGAUCAGCAGUUCCGCGGCCUUUGCCCAAAGAGUCUCAUUUCGAAAAGAAGCCCAUCGCGGUCGACAUGUUUGAGGACCAGACCUUGACUGCGUCCAGCCGGAUCCAUUUCGGAAAAUGUCAGACAGUCGAACACAAUGUCAAGGUCAUGAACAUCGGCAAAGUCGCUAGAGACUCCAUGGCUGAUUUCGAAACAUAUUGCAAGCAAGAACUUCUCAGAUGAGUUGUGUCGCUUCCUCUCAUACGUACGAUGUCCGGCAAAGCAAAGAUUGCCGGUACUUGGUUAGUCGCUGCGACUAAUCACAGGUCUACUUGACCUUACCACGUCUGUUAGGCUAAAGCCUAGCUGCUUUCCAUCACCUCUGUUCACCGCCUACGUUCAUUCCUUCAACGACAGGGAUAUUGUCUGCUUGGCGCAUGUGAGUUCUACAGCGUUUUGUUCUGUCCACCUUUAUCGAGGUUUAUGAGUUGGUAGUCUGGUACUAGCUAUGUCAGAUUGGGUUGUCUACACUCGUUUAUUCCCUUUUGUUGCAGCCUUGCAAGGAUGUACCAGGUCACAAGUACCAAGUCUCAUAAGGCUUCCCUCGGAUCACGGCCAGGCCGUUAUGCACGAUGCCGCUUGACCUUCGGGGGCUAAUGAGCGGCGAUUGUGAGACGUGACGAAUGACACACGUUCUCUACACGGCACCUUUGAUGGUCCCGUUACGCCUUGUUUGUAUGCGAGGGACGGUCAGGCGCCUGGGUAACGACGAGUUUUUCUGGGUUAAAGGAACUUUUGAUGUAUCAGGAUGGCAUGGGCACAUGCACAGUGAUGAAUACGACGACUUUACGGCCUCUUUUACGAUACGUCAAGUAGCAAUGACAUGAUUCACG